AUGGAAGAGCAAUAUAACAAACAGUUAAAGAUAGCAACACACAAGAAAAUACUUAAAUUCAACAAUUUGCGAGGGCGUACAGUGAAGCCUGGUGAGUUCUGGGACGUGGUUGUGAUCACAGCUGUGGACGAGAGACAGAGAGACGCUUACGAGCUGCAGAUCCAGGAGAAAACAGAGAGAAAGGAGCUUCCUCUUGGGAUUGACUACAAGGUUAUAUCUGAUCCACCUGGCUGUAAAAUCGGUAAUGGAGGUUCAACUCUGUGCACACUUCAACACCUCUGUGACGUCUAUGGGACAGCCCUGAGCAAAUUAAAAGUUCUACUGAUUCACGCAGGCGGCCUGAGUCAGCGUCUGCCUUGUGCCAGUGCAUUGGGGAAGAUCUUCACUGCUGUUCCGCUGGGUAAUCCCUUGUAUCAGAUGUUGGAGCUCAAACUGGCCAUGUACGUGGACUUCCCUCUGCACAUGAAGCCAGGCGUCCUUGUGACCUGCGCCGACGACAUCGAGCUGUACAGUAUCACCGAAGAUCAGCCCAUCAGCUUUGACAAACCCGGAUUCACAGCUUUGGGCCACCCCUCUCCUCUGUCUAUCGGCACCACGCAUGGAGUUUUUGUUUUGGCCUCUAACAAAACUCCUCCGCACACCGACAUGCAGACUGUUUCCUGCUUCCGCUUUCUACACAAGCCCAGCGUGGAUAAAAUGCGAGACACUGGAGCCAUUUGCCAUAGCACCUCGAUCGGAGAGUUCGUGUACACGGACAGCACGUAUUACGUCGAUUUCAACACCGCACACUCGCUGCUGAGUCUGCUCAAAGAGUUGGGGCCGCUGGAAUGCGAGAUUGACGCAUACGGAGAUUUUCUUCAAGCUCUCGGCCCAGGAGCUUCCAUCGACUACACCAGCAACACUGCCAACGUCACCAAAGAAGAGGGAAAUUUGGUUGAAAUUCGUAGAAAGAUCUUCCACCUUCUAAGAGGAACAACUUUGAACGUAAUUCUCCUGAACAACUCAAAGUUUUACCACAUCGGAACGACAUCGGAAUUCAUUUUUCAUCUCACUCAAGACACAUCGCUGAGAAAUGAGCUAGGCCUUCUUUCGUCUGCCUUUAGCCUUUACAACAGUGAUAAGGACAUAGAGUCAUGCUGUCUGAUGCACAGCGUGGUUGAUCCGAGCGUCUCUGUCGGGACCAGUUCGGUUGUAGAGUUUUGCCGGCUUGAAAUGGGAGUUUGUAUUGGAAAAGGAUCCAUCUUAAGUAGCUGCUGGGUUGGCCCUGGCCUCUCUGUUCCUGAUUCAGUCUUCAUGCAUUCACUCAGCAUCAACCAUAAGAAUAAAAUCGCAUUUGUGACUGUUGCGUUUGGGAUAAAUGACAAUCUUAAGCGCUCUGUGGAAAAUCUCGCCCUUAUCCAAGAUCUGCAUCUUUAUGGUUCGAGUCUCACGGCCUGCCUGUCACUCUGGGGGAUGGGCAGAGAAGACUUAUCUUUUUCCGGCGAUUUGUCCUGUUGUAGUUUGUGGAACGCUUGUCUGUUUCCAGUUUGUUUGGAUCCGAAAACAUCUUUCACAAAGUCUCUUGAGAUGCUUCAGGCAGCACUCAGUGACAACGCUCUGGCUUUGCCCAAAGACGUGCAGCUGGUGUCUAUGCAGCAGGCUUUACAGAGCAAGAAUCUGAAGGAGAUGUUACACUUCAGGACAGCACUUUCAGAGGAAAUCUCUCAGAAAUAUUCCAUGCAAUAG